UUCUGACCGGUAACGCAUUAACGCAUUGACUUCCACUGCUACAAAGGCGUUCUCCAAGUCUACGAUGGCUUAUUAUACCUGCUUAAACUUUUCCACCAUUCUCAAUUCGCCUUCGUCAAAAUGUUUGCAGUGGUCUUCCGAUGGUCAAGCUUGCUUCGUCACAAAAUCUGCAGUGUACAUCCUAACACCUGAACCAGGAAUUAAUCAUGAUCUUUAUUCGCUUUUGCCUUCAGCGUUGCAAGCUGCGACUUUGUCCAACGCUUCGACGACCAAGCCAAAUCAGAACGAGACCGACACAAUCUCCCAAUUAACGCUGAACUGGUUCAGGACGAUGAUCCAGUACGAUUCCAAGUCUUCCGACACGUGUCGGUGGCCAGACUUCUCUCAAGAGUUUUGUGCUGUGUCAUUGGGUUCAAUCGAUCCAUCAAUCUGGUUUGUUACAUUUUCCCCCAGUGGCGUUGGACCGAGUGCUGGAUGUGUUAUCUGUAUUCUGACUACUAACAUGAAUCUUUCCCUCUGGAUAUCCACAAAAAAUGCGCUCAAGGGUGAAUGGAUAAAAAUUCUGGACAUCGUCCCAGUCCUACUUGACACAUAUAAAUCAAAUUCUCCGCUAAUGCGGACCCUUUGCUCACAAGUAGUGUCCGUCGAAUGGACGUCCCAGGCCGACUUUGGAAUACAGCCCACACCUAGCGUCGAUGGGUCCCUUCUUGUGUGCGGCACCCGCGCCGGAACCUUGAUCUUUUUGAGGUUCAGUCCUGUAGAUCUUGCCGUCCAAGUCAUCGGAACUGUCUAUAUUUCAAAAGAGUGGAUAACGCAUAUAUCCGUCACCUUAUGGGCGGUCGUCGAACCAGGAACCUGUGAAGCGACCUUAGCCUAUGCUACUUCUCAAGGUAAACUUGGGGUCAUUGCUAUUAGGCAAACACUCUCUCAGCAAGCCGACAAACCAAUCAGCAUAGAGUGCGACUUCGAGCGUUUGGGUGAGAAUGUUGCGGAGAAGUUGAUAGGCGUAACGGCAUUGAAGUGGUUUGAGGUUCCCAACCGUACCCCAAUCCUAGCAUACACCACGCCUGGCAUACUUCGCUUGUGGGCCUCUUCUAUGGCACCCGAAAGUCCCUGGUGCGGCACUCGUACCUACUUGCUCAAAACACACAAAACACAUGUUGCCUCAUCCAAUCUACACCCUGUCGUUGGACUUGAAUAUCUUCCGCUGCACGACUUACUACUGGUAUGCCUCUUGGAUGGGUCAUUCCAUGUUGUGAAGUCUUUAUCGACAUCUCCAGCUUUGGAUGAUGGUGAAGAAAUAACCAGGAAUGCCCGAAAAAUAUUUGAAAGAGUCGAGCAUCUCAAUGAGCUUCGGGCAGGAUCGGUGAGCGAAGAAAAGCGAGAGAAGGAUAAAGAAAAAGAGAAGAAGGAGGUUAGACUGGGACGAGCAGAAGCUAAUACCACGAGUGCCUUUAGUUACUAUGACCACACCGGAAUCGUUGUCUGGAUUCAUGAGCUCACUCGACCCGCCGAUUUUAGCUACAAGCACGACGCCAAACACAACAGUAUGCUGGUCGUUGCACGACUCUGGGAUGGACUCACUGACGAGGCUUUUCUGAGAUAUCUGACUGAGAGCACGUCUCAAUGCAAAGCAGCGCAUGGCGUCACUCCUCUCCACGUCAUGCGCCCUAUUCUCUUCCAUAUGCGCUCCAAAUAUCUUCUCGAUCGCCUCCAUGCCCAGAUCCUCGGAGUUCUUAGUCCCCAAGAUCCCGAUUCAAUUGUCAUGUCUGACGAUAUUGCUCUCCCUACGUGGUGCCCAGGUGGCCAAGGCGCGUUGUCUCCGGAUUUCAGGAAGGCGUUCAGAAACAGCCUUAUCAUGCAUCUAUUCGGGUGGGAUGCACUCAUGUCACUGAGAAUGAAACUAUCGUUGGCUGAUUAUGCGUGGAAAUUGAGCGAGGAAUCACAGAGAAGGAUUGAUUAUGGCAAUGUCGCAGAGAUAAUUCUGACAUGCAUAUGUCAUCGGAAUCUUAGAACGAUGCUCCGACAUCUGAGUCUUGUUGCUCCUGCUUUUACUGUGGACGACAUACCGUUCGUGUUAAGAAUGGUAGUCCAGUCUCUUCUUCCGGGAGCAUUGCCUGAGCUUUCUGCGGAGGGAGAAAGGCUCUCCACCAUCGUCCAUAGCAUGUUCGACGGACAACUCACUGAUGGUUUGCAUGAAUUAUGUCCAGCAUGUCAUGUGGAAGUUCCUCUGGAAAACAUCGUUAACGCGCGGUGUUCAAAUGGACACGUGUGGUCUCGAUGUUCUGUCACAACAUUUAUACUCUCUACACCAGAUGUCAGGACGUGUAUCGGUUGUACGCGAAAGGCAUUCUUACCUCUUUCAAUGCACAAGAGCGCAUUGAAGAUGGAGUUGAAGGGGUGGUUUGUGGAAGAACUGUUGGAAGCGGUACACCGGUGCCUGUUUUGUGGGAAUACCUUUGUCAGUGUCCUCUAGGUUUGGUUUAUCCAGAACCACCGGCAUACGGAACAACCAUAUCGGUUUUUGUGGUACACCUUGGGGAAAUGAUAAAUCUGCUUUCUGCUUUUA